UGCGCUGCUGAGGCUAAAGAGAAAGUGGAGCCGCAGCAGCUGCUGGAGGGGGCGAGGUUGCGGCGGCGACCGCGACCUGGGUCACUUUCCCGGCUGGAUGGAGGCGCGCCGCUGGCUGGCCUCUCCAGGAAAGGCGCGCCGGCGGAGCCAUGGGCGGCGAGGGCUGGCGAGACUCGCUCGUCUACUACUACUGCCUCAAGUUCGCGCUCUCGGCGUACGCCACCCUCUUCUCGAUUAUUGGCCUCGUGAUUCUGUGCAUUGGCAUCUAUGCCGAAGUGGAAAGGCAGAAGCACCGGACCCUGGAAGGGAUCUUCCUUGCACCAGCACUGAUUCUUCUCCUCCUCGGCAUAACAAUGUUUGCCGUUUCCUUCAUUGGGAUGGUCGGCUCCCUCCGAGACAACCGGACGCUGCUGAAAACAUUCUUCUGGGUCCUGCUGGCCAUCUUUAUUACUGAGCUGCUGCUGCUGUUUAUCGAAAUAAUCUUUGAAAAGCAGAUGAAUGCAGUUUUCCAUUCCACUGUGCAAGAUGGGAUAAGACACUACUAUGAUGAUUUGGACUUCAAGAAUAUUUUGGACUUUGUCCAACAAAAGUUUUCCUGCUGCGGAGGCGAUGAAUUCAGAGACUGGCAUGUGAAUCCAUACCAUUCCUGCAACAGCACUGGCCCUCUGUCUUGUGGGGUGCCCUACACAUGCUGUAUCAAGAAGGCCCCAGGAGAAGUCAUUAACACACUGUGUGGAUACAAGACUCUAAAUAAAGAGCGCCUGGAGCUGGUGGCCACGAUUCAUGUACGUGGCUGCAUCCAUGCGGUCGGAUUGUGGCUUAAAGACAAUUUUGAAGCCACUUUUGGAAUUGUUUGCUCUCUGCUGUUUCCACAGGCAGUAGGUUUGGUGAUGACCUGGUUAUACUGGCAAAAGCUCAACGAGAUUCAUUACAGGCUGGACACUGUGGAUUUCAGGGCACUAGACAUGACUGACUUCGACUUUGCCUCUCUGGACCUCACUGGUGCUGGCUGGUGCUGGUGUUUGCCCCGUGAAGGUGGCUACUUACCAGUCCUUGACAAGGAGGAUGACACAGUAAAUGAUGACAUCUUCCAAAGUAAAGUUUGAUUAUAUUCUGGGACUGUCUGGAAGACCAGGCCUUCUGAGAGAGUCUGGUCAAGGCUUAGUGCAUCCAUAGGUGCAGGGUAGCAUUGUGAUUUGUUUCAUUUAGCAAAGCGAGAAGUAGGUAUGACAAAGGGUGCUAUAUCUUUAAAAUCCCACACAGUCUUCAGAAGGGUGUGGUUGGUUGGUGUUAAUGUGGAUUAAUUUGGGUUCAGUGAGUGUCCUGAGAUAGCAUUUUUUAUGAUUUUAUGUUUCCACAAAUUUUUUGUAUGUCUUUUUUGGAAAUAAAAUAUGGUCUUGCCUC